AUGAGCUUCAGAACAUCAGAGGCCACUAGCAUUACAGUAACAUCCGUGUCAGCAAAUGAAGCGACUCUUUCAGAUGGGAAUAAGCUGGAUGGCUCUCGAUUGGUUUUGUCAGAUUCCAUAGAUUACAGCUAUGAUGAGUUAGAGAUGGACAAUGAUGUCUUGUUUGAUGACACUGAGGACAGGGCUGUUGUAAAUGAGGUGGCAGAAGUAAUUUCAAAAAACCAUAAUGACAACCAUAAUGCUACAAAUGAAGAGGGGCCAGUGUUGACCAUUUCCCCACAUAAGGUGACCCGGACCAGUUUCUUGUUAGCAGACUCAGUAGACUACACUGUAAAUAAUUUGGAAGAUGACGUUAUAGCUGAGAGGGAAGACACUGAAAAGCAUGCUGACUUGGAAGGCAACAUCAGAAAUAAUUCGGAAGAUGAAGUUAAAGCAGAGAAGGAAGAAUUAGAUGUGAGGCAUAGCGACUCCGUAGACUACCCUGUAAAUGAUGGAGAGGACAGCAGUACAACAGUGAAGGAAGAAGACAGUGCAAAGCAUACUGACUCUGUAGACCUCACUGUAAAUGAUCAAGAGGAUGAAGCUACAGCAGAGAAGGAAGAAGGCAAUCUGGAGGAUGCAGAACAAACCGAAAUAAAAAAUGUGACAGUGGAGUUCAAUAGGACUGAGUGUGACCAGCAGGAAAAGUGUGUUAAUGAUCUAGAUGAUGAUGGAUUUAGUGAAGUUUGGGAAGAGGAAGUAAUGAUGAGCGCAGAAGAUGAAGAAGUGAGGGAUGGAUAUCAGAACAAAAAAAUGAUGACUGGAAAAGACAUCCCUGGUGAAGAUGUGAUAGAAAAGAAAGACAAUAUCAGUGUAAAGAUGAAAGAAAAGGAAGACAUCUCAAGUGAAGAGGUGAUAGAAAAAGAAGACAUCAUCAGUGAAGAGGGAAUAGAAAAGAAAGACAUCCUCAGUGAAGAGGUGAUAGAAAAGGAAGACAUCCUCAGUGAAGAGGUGAUAGAAAAGGAAGACAUCUCAAGUGAAGAGGUCAUAGAAAAGGAAGACAUCAUCAGUGAAGAGGUGAAAGAAAAGGAAGACAAAAUCAGUGAAGAGGUGAAAGAAAAGGAAGGCAUACCCAGUGAAAAGGUGAUGGAAAAGGAAAACAACCUCAGUGAAGAAGUGAUGGAAAGGGAAGACAUCCCUAAUAAAGAGGUGACAGAAAAGAAAGAUGUUACUGAAGAGGUGAUGGAAAAGGAGAAUAUCAUUAGUGAAGAGGUAAAUAAUAUAAAGAUGAUAGAGAGUGUAAAACAGGAUGGUGAAGUAAUGCAUGACAUGGAAGAUGUCAGAGAAGGUGAUCAGAUAGACGAGGAGGAUGGGAAAAAGAUC